AUGGAAGAACAAGUCCAACGCUUAGUGAACAAGGUCUGGGCAACCCACAAAAUCUCUCCACCUGACCAACGUCUUAUGAUUGCCAUUUCGGGUAUACCUGGAGCUGGUAAAACAACGCUGGCGAAGACGGUCACUGAUCGCCUUAAUACCCUUUCCCAGGCCUCACCUCUUCGGCCUCUUGCUGCCUACGUUCCAAUGGACGGCUAUCAUCUCACGCGUGCGCAACUUGACGCCCUACCGGACCCUGCCCAGGCUCAUGCUCGUCGUGGCGCAGCUUAUACCUUUGAUGCAGCAUCGCUUUUGUCGCUCGUUGUGGCCCUCAGAGAGCCUCUCGGCGCGUCGACACGCACCAUCUACGCGCCCUCAUUUUCGCAUGCCCUCAAAGACCCAGUUGAAAAUGAGAUUUCAAUAUCACCCUCAACUCAGAUACUCAUCUUCGAAGGCAACUACCUCACACUCGACAAAGAGCCCUGGAGCCAGAUCUCAAGGCUCUUCAAUGAGCGCUGGUUUUUGGAGGUUGGCUUUGACAUUGCGCGAAAGAGGCUCGUAGCGAGGCAUCUUGCGGCGGGAAUCGCGAGCUCGGAGAAAGAAGCUUGGAGAAGAAUCGAGGAGAAUGAUAUGAUUAACGCCCUAGAAAUCGUACAGCAUCGGGUAGCCAUUGAUGAGCUUAUUCAGAGUUUGGAUACCGCUGUACAAGAGCCAAGUCACUGA